UUGCUCGGAGUUAGACAGCUAAUUAAGUCGGCAUUAUUGGAUCAAGGAAGCCAAGCAUCGCGCUCGCAUCCCUCGCCAUGUAGAUCGCAGCCGGCCACCCUACACAAAUACGUCGUAGUACACUUAGUCAUAGUUCAGGCCGCGCUGAAAGGGUGAACGCCGCGGGGCAUGACGACCUGCCAAACGUGUUUUAAUUAGAGGUGAAUUCCGUUGUGCGCGGGAUUACUCGAGAGAACGGCGUUCCUUAAAGAAUCUAUAUAGGAACAUUUCAGACAUUGUUUGUCGGCAAGAUGAACGACUUUGGUUACGGGAAACGAAAAGCAAGUAACGAUCGAUACGGUAAUAAUCGAGAUGAACGGAUGAAAAUGGAAAAUCGGAGUAAGAAUCAAGACACAGGGUCUGGGACUCUUAAACGAUUGGAUAGCAUUCAGGAUCCAGGAAAAAGAUACGCGUUGAAGGAUUGUAUCGGUGUUGGCGUAUACGGCAACGUGUACGAGGGAAUUGAUCAACAAGCCGGAAAUAAAAAGGUUGCCAUCAAGAUUCAAAAGCUCACGCCGGAAACGCAGUCUCUGAUUGUGGAGGAGUAUCGAAUUCUUCGCGAUUUCUCCGGUCAUCCAAAUCUCCCGGAUUUUUAUGGAAUAUAUCGUAGACGAUCCGCGAAGAAGUCCGAGUAUGAUGAGAUAUGGUUCAUUAUGGAGUUCUGCGAAGGAGGAACAGUUUUGGAUCUUGUUCGUGGGAUGAUCGCAAGUUGCAAAAGAAUGCGAGAGGAGCACAUUGCCUUUAUCUUGAAGGAAGUGAUCAAGGCUUUAAUCCACUUGCACGAGCACAAUGUGAUCCACAGAGACAUCCGUGGCAGCAAUAUCGUCCUAACGAAGGAAGGCGAAGUGAAAUUGGUCGAUUUUGGGCUUUCCAGGGCAAUGAAAAGCGAACUCGAGAAACGACAUACCUGCGUAGGCUCACCAUCCUGGAUGGCGCCAGAAGUCAUCAAAAGCACCGGAGCUAAUAAUGGAUACGAUAACAAGAUCGACGUAUGGGCAAUGGGCAUCACGGCGAUAGAGCUCGCCGAUGGCAAGGCACCCUUCGAGGACAUGCAUCCGACACGCGCUCUCUUCCAGAUAGUCCGGAAUCCACCGCCGACAGUUUACCGACCCGCCAACUGGUCGGAGAAUCUCAACGACUUCAUCUCGGAAUGUCUCGAAAAGAAUCCCGAGAACAGACCAUAUAUAGUAGAGAUCAUCGAACAUCCCUUCCUAGCAGAGCUACCUGGAAACGAUUACACGCUGUCGCAAGAAAUAAAAACAUUGAUGAUGGAUGUCUCAGAGAAGGGCAGAGAACAAAGAAAAGCAGAGUUGAUAGUUCGCAACGGUUUUCUGAAGACUCGUAAGGAUGAAUCAGCGGAACAGAUGCUCACGGAAGAUUUGGCGGCGUUGGAGAUCCUAACCGAAGAUGUGAUUCUAGAUGAACUUUGCGAAAGAUUAAAACGGGGUGAAUAUCACACAUUUGUCGGCGAUGUUCUGCUGAUACUCAAUCCAAACGAGGAACGCGUUAUUUACGAUGCUUAUCAUCAUAUGAAAUAUCAAUGCAAAUCGCGAUCAGAUAACGCCCCUCACAUCUAUUCCGUGGCGGACAGCGCAUUUCAAGACGUUAUGCAUAAUGAAGAACCGCAGCACAUUUUGUUAGCCGGUGAGAGCAAUUCUGGAAAAACGACGAAUAUGCUGCAUUUAAUAAAACAUCUCAUGUUUCUCGGAAAAGGUCUGCAGGACACGGGAAUGAGAGUACUCCGAGCUAUACAAAUUAUUCAUGCUUUUACCAACGCGGCGACACCGCUUAAUGCUAAUUCCACUAGAUGCAUAUUGCAAAUACAGACGACUUUCGGCUCGACCGGCAAAGCAUCCGGUGCAAUAUUUUGGCUAUAUCAAUUGGAAAAGUGGCGUGUUUCCACUCGCGACAGAAAUCAAUCAAAUUUCCAUGCCUUUUAUUACUUGUACGAUGGUUUCGAUGCGUCAGGGAAAUUAAAGGAUUAUUAUCUACCAAAUGGAAGAAGACUUCGAUAUCUUAGAAUAACCGACAAGAAUAUCGAAAAGAAACGAGCGUUCAAGGUGAGAAACGAUCCGGAGCACAACGUAGUCAAGUUUGAAGAACUUAUAGAACAUUUUAAAUUUAUGGAUAUGGAAGAGCAUUGCGAAACUAUUUGGAAAAUCCUCGCAGCUAUUCUGAUACUCGGGGAGAUCCGAUUCGUCGAAGGUAAUAACGGAGAAGCUGAAUUGGAUAAUAACGAAGCCGCUAACAGAGUAGCCGAACUCCUUGGCUUAGACUCGAAAAAAUUUAUCUGGGCUCUAAUUAAUUAUUGCUUGAUUGUGAAGGGAUCGGCGAUGCGUAGAAAACACACUUGCGAAGAGGCAAAAGAAGCACGAGAUGUCAUAGCGAAUACUCUUUAUCAGCGUUUAGUAGACUGGAUAAUCAACGUUAUCAAUUAUAAGCUGUUAAUGACUCGCAGCCUUUACGGUGACAAAUAUUCUAUCAGUAUCCUCGAUUAUUUUGGAUUUGAAUGUUUCUCAGUAAAUCGAUUGGAGCAACUCCUAAUAAAUACAAUGAACGAGCAAAUGCAAUAUUAUUAUAAUCAAAGAAUAUUCACCUGGGAAAUGCAAGAACAAAAUGAGGAAGAUAUACCCAUAAAAAGAUUUCGCUUUUAUGAUAAUAAGGAAGCGGUCGAUCAGCUGAUGAGCAAGGAGAAUGGUCUCCUGCGUAUUAUCGAUGAUGCUUCGCGACAAUUGCAGGACGCUCAAUAUAUUUUCGAGAGGAUCAAAGAGCAUAAGCGUGGCAUUUAUAUAAAACCGGUGAGCUCGCACGAGUUCACGGUCGCACACUAUACCGGCAAAUUGAUAUACGACGCCAGCGAAAUCGCAGCGAAAAAUAGAGACUUUGUGCCGCCAGAGAUGAUCAGCACGAUGAGAUUCUCCUCGUGCGAUGUAGUCAAACAAAUGUUCACCAACAAACUGACCAAAUCAGGCAGUUUAACGAUUAUCCAUGAAUCUUGUCUCGCGAAGAAAAACAAAUGGAGUGCUCUUAUGCAAGAAUCUUCCAAUUUUCGCAAAUAUAAUACUGCGUCUAGAGGACAAUAUUCGCAAACUCGCAAAAUGAGGACGUGUUCGUCGACAUUCAGAGCGACGAGUCUUGAAAUUUUGAAAAAUCUUGCGAUAAGUGCGGGUAGUGGUACGCAUUUUGUUAGAUGCAUACGCUCUGACCUCGAGGAUGUUCCUUGCGGUUUUUAUCGGGAAGUUGUUAGACAGCAAAUCAGAGCGUUAGCAGUACUUGACACAGCAAAAGCCAGACAACGCGGUUAUCCAUAUAGGAUACCUUUCCAAGAAUUUCUUCGCAGAUAUAAAUUUCUGGCCUUCGAUUUUAACGAAACAGUCGAGAUGACGAAGGAUAAUUGUAGAUUACUUCUGAUCAGAUUAAAGAUGGAAGGAUGGAUUAUUGGCAAGACUAAGGUCUUUUUAAAGUACUACAAUGAAGAAUAUUUGUCACGCUUAUAUGAGACACAAGUAAGAAAGAUUAUAAAAAUACAGUGUAUGAUGCGUGCCUUUUUAGCGCGCAAAAAUAUUGUUUCAAAAAUGAGCAACAUUAAGAAGGAGAUUGAAAAAAGAGCGUCAAUCAAGAGGAGAAAUUUACUAUCAGCUGAUGAAGCGGCAGUGAUGAUACAGAAAGCAUACAGGGGACAUAUGGUGAGGAAAGAAAUGGGGCCCUUACUGAAGGGAGAAAUGGACCAAGAAACGAAAGAUUUUAUCAAAUUCUAUUACAGCAAGUGGAGAUUGAAAAGUAUGUUUCAAGUCCUCCUAUGGUAUCGUGCAGCCCGUUACCAAGAUCUUGUGCAGUUUUCCCAACAGGUUCAUCUAUAUAAUCAAUCAAUAAUGGCAGUGUUGAAUGAGACAAAUAAAUUUGUAUCUCUUGAAAAAAUCGAUCCAAACGACAAAAUAGAUGCCUACAGUGAGAUGAAACCCCCUCAAGUUUACAAACUACCUUUCAAUUUGCAACAAGAACUAUCGUACUUCGAUACAAACUAUAUGAACGACCCCUCGAACAUAAACCUUAAACGUGCAGGAUCUAUAACAUCCAUGAUGAGCGACGAUGAGCACGAAUCUUGGGAUGCACCAUUACGUAGGCAAACCGUUCCUUGGGCUAAUAAUAACGUUAACACUAGAGAUGUCGAAGUUCAAACGACAAACUCACCACAUCGCGUGCUCCUUCAUCGUUCGUCGAUCGGUGGGGAUCAAAGUUUGAUCAACAUUCCAUUCACCAGGGAUCCCAAUGUUCCGAUUCAGUGUCCACUGGAAAAUCCAACUCGCCACAAGGGUGGAAUUGCCGGCUUUCAAACUGCAAAUAAACGUGAUACCAUACAAUCAUCCGAAUCUCACAUUCCUCACUCUAAUAAUAACGAUAAUGCUGGAUCAGCACGCUGCAGACAAAAAAUACCACCAUUCAAUCAAAUGCAAUCCUCAACAAUGCAAACUUUCAACAAUUAUGAAUCAGAUGUUCCAAACAGAAACAUUGAUGGAGACACAAGCUGGACAUUUGAGAAUGAACUUAAUCGUAAUAUCAACAAUAUUCGUGUAAAUGCCAUCAAAGAAUUAGAAAUGAUCGGACACAGAAAUAAUAAUGAUGAAAAUGAUGAUGCACCUCCGUUUAACUUUCAGGCGAUGUUGCGGAAAACUCCUCAUCAGCGUGCUUCGAUGAAACGCAAUCCUGUAUAUGAGAGUAACACAUCACCGUCAAUGCCAGAAUCUUAUCAUCGCGGUAACGAAAAUUUGUACAAUUCGAAUGUCGCCAACAAGAGCGGCGAUAGUCGAGAUUCACCAGAAUGGAGUCCGAAUGAGAUGAUUCUCAUGUCAGAGAAGUACGCGAAACAGGAUGCAUGGAAUGAGAAAUGCGCCAAUGAUGGCGAUAGUGUUACUACAGAGAUUGCACCAGGAAUUGUCGUUAAAGGCUAUGUAGCUGAGCUAUAAAGCAUUGAAGAAAGAAUUAAGAGACCAUUGUGUGCAUCACUGGCCGAUAGAUUGUGCGCCGUUAUCACAUGCCGUCUCCAA